AUCGCAUCGCGAAUUUGGAUUCGAUAUCAUACGCAAGGUGAUGGCACGAACAUCUGAUAUAGGAACCGCAAAGUACCAGUCCAAGAAGCUUAAGGCCGCUGGUCUUCUGAAGCUCAAGUUUUACUGCCAAGUAUGCGAGAAGCAAUGUCGAGACGCUAACGGGUUCAAAAAUCAUCUCAGUUCCCCUUCACACAAAUACAAAAUAGAGCUGCUAUCUACAACUACGAUUACAAACUACUCCAGGAGUCUUGAAGAUAACUUCAUUAAGCUUCUUAAAACUAGCCAUGGUACCAAACCGGUCAAUGCCAACAAGUUUUACCAGGAGUACAUUUUGAGUGAUAGAGACCAUAUUCACUUGAACUCCACUAAAUGGAACAAUUUGACCCAAUUUUUGAAACAUUUGGGAACUACGGGGAAGGUGAAAGUGGACAAUGAGAAUGAGGAGGAGUUCAACUUGACUAUACGAUUGGUAGAUCUGGCCGAUAACUCUAAUGUGAAAAGUACGGAUUCCAAACCUGAUGACGAAAGAACCCGGCAGAAAUUCAUUGAAGCGCAAAUUCAACUUGGGAAACUCCAAGAUGAGAAGUUAAAAUCAGAUGCAUCUAUCACAACAAAGCCUGUGGUUGUUCCCGGAAAACUCAUACCAAUAAAGUUAAAGAGAGUGGUCAAGGCCA